AUGGCGACUCACCGUCACCAGUCCUCCCUAGAGGGGGUUUUGGACUUCUCAAAACCCUUAUCAUUAACACCACAACAGCAUGAGUCGGCGAGGAACCUAGUGAUCACGCUUGUACGGCAUUAUGGCUCCGAGAAGACCGGGCGGAAGGGCUAUCGGCCUGCGGCCCUUAUCCAGGCUACUCUCGAGCACGUUACAUCGCCGGAUACCUUUAUGACUUUCUUCCUCACAUACAUCUACGAGGACCUGCGCUCUGAUGAAGGACAUGUCGUUGAUUCUGAUAUUACUCACGCCUUGGUAUUCUUCGAGGGAUUUUCUUCAUGGGAACCAGAACAAAUAAACAAGCUUCAUGGAGGCCUAGAAAAGUUUGCUGAGUUUAUCGUUGAAAAUUUUUUCCUUCCCCUUAGAGCAUCAUCAGUCAAGACACCACAACCAACGCCCACGUCGUUAUCAUCGCUGCAGAGCUCAACACCGACCGGAACGCGGCAGCGAGUAUCUGUCUUACGACAGAAAUGUCUUAUGCGCGACCGCCACCGCUGUGUAGUGUCUCGGAAAUUCGAUAGAGCAGAAGCCAGAAAGCGUUUCGAGGAGAAUUCGGAAUCUUGUGCUGAUGAUGACGGAAACCUAUUGAAGGAUGAGUCCAGCGAUCAAUUUCAAUACUUGGAGGUUGCACACAUUCUCCCUCAUUGUCUGACGACGGUAGCUUUUGGUGAAACCGAUUUGAGCGAUUCAAAGAAAAAUGCUCUUCGGAUCUUGGACAUGUUCGAUCCCGGAAUAAUCCAUCUUAUUGAUGGACCCAAAAUUGACAGUCCCAUGAAUGCCCUCACUCUAACGCUGGACUACCACCGGCUAUUCGGCGAAUUCAAGAUCUAUUUCGAACGCACUGGCACACGACACCAAUACAGGAUUGACUCGACAGAACGCAGUCCUUUCUUACGUGACCCCUUAUUUCCCGUCACACGAUCGCUUACCCUAAGUCCUCAUCGCACGGUAGAUCCGCCAUCCCCCCGGCUUCUCGAUGUCCACCGCGCCAUUGCACUUAUUAUGAACCUUAGCGGCGCUGGCGAAUAUAUUGAGCGGGUCCUUCGUGAUAUGGAGGAGCUAGAUGUCAGAGAAGAUGGAUCGACACAUUUGGGAUAUCUUACAGGCUUACGACUUGACGGGUGGUUAGAUACCCUAUCAGUGCAUUAG